UUCGUUUUUUUUUUUUUUUUUAACAAUAAAAUUAUUUCGAUUAUUAUUGUCGUGCACGUCUUCACCUCGAGUUUAUAACAGAAGAGACGAACGCGCGAGCGCAAGCGUCGUCGAAAUAACGGCAUGGAUAUGUUGAUCGUUAAGUCCGAGGACGAAAAUGACGAGAGGAAAACUCUCUGCAACAGCAAUAACAAUAACAACAACAAUAACAACAUCAACAACAAUAACAAUAACAGUUGCAAGAAGAACAACGGUGUCGGGACGACAGCGAAAACGGUGGCGGCGACUGGCGGUGUCGGGACCGGCAGGUCCGAAAAACCGCCUUACUCGUACAUAGCCCUAAUCGUCAUGGCGAUCCAGAGUUCACCGGUGAAAAGGCUCACGUUGAGCGAAAUAUACUCUUUCCUCCAGCACAGAUUCCCUUUCUUCAGAGGUUCCUACCAGGGAUGGAAAAAUUCAGUGCGGCACAAUUUAUCACUAAACGAAUGUUUUAUCAAGUUGCCAAAAGGGCUGGGACGUCCGGGAAAAGGUCACUACUGGACAGUGGAUCCAGCGUCGGAGUUGAUGUUCGAAGAGAGCUCAUUCAGACGAAGACCCCGGGGAUUCCGUCGCAAGUGCCAACAGAAGACUGUUGGACCGAUUGGUGGCGUCGGUAGUAGUUACCAAACGUCACAGUACCAUCAGCACCUCCACCAUCAUCAUCAUCACCAGAACCUACAACUGCAACAACAACAACAGCAUCAUCAUCUUCCGGCCGUCCAACAGCAGCAACCGCAGUCGUUGCCACAGACGCAAUCGUCACCAAUUCUGCCACCUCCACAGCCACCACAACCUCCACAGCAGCAGCAGCAACUGCAAUCAGUCACCACUCAAUCACAUUCGCAACAAUCGCAAUCACAGUCACAAUCAGCGGCUUGUUACCUGCAUGACCAAUACGAUUACAAGGACGCAACAACCUCGGUGGUCGCGGGAUACCACCACCAGCAACAGCAGCAACAGGACUACAGUAGUGGUACAGGCGGUGGAGGAAUUGGCAUUAACAGCGGUGGAGGGUACUGCAGCAGGAACGAUCAGUUGGACCAUUUUGCGGCAAACUUUUGGCAAAGUCAAAAGUCUGACGGUUACGUCGGCGGCACAGGAGGUUACCAAGAACAGUUUGAUUACGGUUGCCAGUAUAACUUGACUCACGAUAAUGGUUAUAGCACGGUCGCGAGAAGAUCAGCGACUGCGGCCGGCCAGACACAACAGACCGUCAUGGACAACGCUAUGAAUGCCAGUAGCGGAUUACCACAACACAUAAGUCUCCACCAUUAUUAUGACUGUCCGAAAUUUUGUUAAGCUGUCACAGUUUGUGUACAUAUGUAUAUGGUGUGUAUCGCGUAUAUAUUGAAAUGUCGUGUUUAAAAAAAAAUAUUAAACGUAUAUAUAAAUACAGUAACAUAUUAAAAACUGUAAAUACCACUCAAAUCGGGUAUAAUGUUCUUUUGUGUAUAAAUGUAGAAUAAGUUAUAUUUUUGCUAAAUGUAUAUUUGAUUUUAUCGUACAUCGCGAAAUAUAUAUUAUAACAUUCGUCGUUAAUAUUAAAAUGGAUGGAAAGCCAAAUCCGUAUAUUGAAGCAUUAUAUAGGUUAUCGCAUGAUUCCUUUCAAUAAUAUGUCUUUCACAACUAUAAAUGAAUAUUCGAAUAUUUUAUCUUUAAUCUGAAUAUUAUGAUUACCCGGAAAUUCUCAUGAAGCAUUCAUAAAACAUUUUAUAACUGGCUUCAGCGCGAGGAGUAAGUUAUGAGUAUUUUUAGUUCAGUACAAUAUAUAAUAUUAUAAAAGUGCGAAAUAAAAAUAUUUUAAAUUCAUUUGGGAUAGUAUUAUUUUUUUUCUUUAAAAAAAUGUUUUGAGACAACGAACAUAUUUCUUAGUUUAUCCUUUGGAGAAAAGUUUUCACCAUUAUAAUUCAAACAUAUAUUAGCGAAAUAAACUUCCAGCGGAUAUAAAAUAAAAUGUCAUAUUAAAUUAAGGAUAACAACAAUAAAUUUAAUUACUUAGUAUAUUGUGUACAACAACAUUAUUACUUUGUUUUAGUUAGAUACAUGUCGUGAAGUUUUAUUUUUUUAGAUUAAAGUGUGAUGUAUAUAAUUUAUUUAUUAAUAUAUAAUUUUUUUUUUUUUACAUUUUGUAAAUAAUAUUAUAAUUGGUCCAACCAUCAGUUGUGCGAAUACAAAUAUCAAACGUCAUCUCUAGUCUCUUUCUACAUAAUUAUUAAAUUAUAUCGACAAAACGUGAAUGUUCGAUAUUUCGUAUUGAAUAAAAGGCUGAAUAUAGUAAAUUUAAAUCAAUGUGUAUCACAUGUACAUUAUGUAAAUAGUUAAACGAUUAUUUUAA